AUUGUUUUCCAUCUUUCAACAUUACAUUGACUCUAUAUUGACAUCAUCAAGCCAUGGCAGAUUUGAAUGGUGGCGCCAGCAACAAUGAGCGACUCUUGGCGGCCGCAAGGUCAGACAACGAAGAACUGAUGAUGGAAGUGUUCUCCGAGGGCGGAUUCGACAUUAACUUCCAGGAUGGACUUGGGAAUACUGCCCUACAUCUCGCCGUGUCCAACGGUUCCACAGAUGUGCUUGAACAUAUACUAUCUCAUGAAGACUGCGACGUUGACCCCAUUAACCGUAUCGAGAAGGCGACACCCUUGCAUCUGGCAGUCAAGCUUGAGCACCCUGAGCUAAGGAAGCAUGUAGUAAACAGCCUCCUUGAGGCUGGUGCCAACACUUCUAUACGAGAUAAGUUUGGUGAAACGGCGCUCGAUCUGGUAUCGACCAAAGAUACAGAAGUACGAGCUUUGUUUAGAAAGGCUCAAGCACAAGCGAGCAUAUCUCAGGACGAUAUUGCCAGUGAUGACGACGACGUUGGAUCAGGAUCAGAAUCAGGGUCAGAUGACGACUAGAUGUUUCUUACACGCGUUACCACUUUCGUAGAC